GGUCACGCCAUUUGUCAAGUAUCAUGCUUAUCGUCACCGAUACCUUGAAACCCGUCACCUUCCCCAUUCAUCCUCUUCUUCUUCUUCUUCUUCUUCUAACUUAACCAUCCAUCAAUGCACCACUCCUAGACGAUUUCUUUUUACGAUUGCGUCCCAAUGACCCGUCGCUAUCCCCUCCGUAAAAGUCUCCGGCGACGAAGGUCGGCACCUCGCCGCAAUUUCAUUUCCUCCGAUGUAGAAACGGACUCGUCCUCCUCCUCCUCCUUUUCCAAUGGGUUAGCGAAACCCAUCUAUGUAGACAUCAGCGAGGAGCUCACAAGCGAGAUAGACACCGACGCGAUUGAUUCAACGGAGAAAGACAACGACUUGGUUGUAACCGAUUCGGUUCGGGUUGACCCGGUUCAUGAAACCGAAGAAUCCACCGUGAGCGAUGCAGUCUCUCCACCACCACCACCACCACCACCACCGAAGAAGAAGCUCCAAGAACGUAAAUCAACAGAUGGGUCUCCGUCUCUCAUUGGUCUACUCUUCAAAGCAAUCGUAAAGUCUCCUCCUUUCUUCCUCACCUGGUCCCUCCUCUUCCCUUUCGAUCCCUUCACCACCUUCAAGCUCGCCAGACGACUCUUACUGUCCCAAGUUUCCCUCUUUAGUGAAAUUUUAUCUCCAACUCUUAAGCUGAGUGGGUUCAAAGACACCAAACGCACUGUGAACGUUGCGUGCAAGUUCGGAUGGGGUUUGUUUAGGGCCUUUUAUGUGGGCCUUGUGUUGUUUGGUCUGUUGGUUUCAGCGUUUGUGGUCGGUGGGUUUGUGGUAAACCGUGUAGCCGACAAACCGUUUGUGAUCAAGGAGGAGGUCUUGAAUUUCGAUUACACCAAGAACAGUCCUGAGGUGUUUGUGCCCAUUACGUCAUGCGCUGGUGUUGCCUGCGAUGAUGGAAGCUGCAAGGAGAGUAAUGAGGUUGUGAAGAAGAUCAGGGGACUGCGAGCUAUCCCUCGUGACCACAAGCUAGUGAUCACUCUCUCGUUGACGUUACCUGAGUCUUUUUACAAUAAAAACCUCGGCAUGUUUCAGGUUCGUGUGGACUUCUUGUCUGCGGAUGGUCAAACGCUGGACACCAUAAGGCGUCCGUGCAUGUUAAGAUUCAGAAGCGAGCCUAUCCGUCUCGUCCAGACGUUUUUCAAAGUAGUUCCGUUAGUGACGGGAUACGUCUCUGAGAUCCAAACCUUGACCUUGAAGUUGAAAGGCUUUGCGGAAAAGAACACCCCCACCGCUUGCUUAAAGGUAAUGAUCGAACAACGUGCGGAGUUUCGACCAGGGGCGGGUAUUCCGGAGCUGUACGACGCGUCCCUCUCGCUUCAAUCCGAUCUUCCUUUCUUCAAAAGAGUUAUUUGGAAAUGGCGGAGGACUUUGUUCGUUUGGAUCAGCAUGAGUUUGUUCUUCACCGAACUGCUUUUCGCGUUGGUCUUUUGCAGAUCUCUCGUCAUCCCAAGAACACGAGUUACAGACAUACCGGCUUUAUAUCCAUCCGAAAGUAGAUGAUAAUGAUGAAGUAAUAGCUGGUGUACAUCAUGUUCUGUAACACUCUCACUCUGAAACGGUAUUUUCACUUCCUGUUUACUUUAGCUCCUGAAAGUUCUUUGAGUAAAAUGUAAAUCUUAUAGUAUAUGGUAGGUUUUGGUUCAAGAUAUGUACUUUAAAACGAGUGUUAAAAAAUGUUUAUUAAUAUCAGAGAGGAGAAAAACUGAAAA